AUGAGUAUCAAAUUAAAUGUGAGCUGUAGUAUUUCAUACAUUCUACUGGAUAUCAUUAUUACCACAGUCCUAUUUGCAAGUGGCACACAUUUGAACAUAUUUGUGGAGGAAAGCCUGAACUUCAGCAUUUUGAAGUCAACAUUGGAUAUCUGGGGGACAGUGCUUAUUCGAGCUUCUCUUCUUCUCGGUGCCUCAAUUGGAGUGUUAUGGAACCCAGAGGAUGGCCCACCAAGGGUAGCUAAACUCACCACCUUUGUCCUAUUAGUCUGUCAGACUAUUAUAACGUAUACAUUAGCCAAACUGCUGAUGCUGAGUGAACUUGAACCUCUAUCUCAUCGUCCCUGGUCUUUGAGUCUGAUUUGCUGGACCUGUUUCACCUCGCUGGCAUUUCUGGUCCUGUGGUGGUUGCUAGGGUUGGAAAAUAGCGGAAGCAGGUGUCAAUCGAGGGAUUCUCAGGACACGGAGAAAUUGCUUAAACUAGAUUGUGAAGAAGGGGAGGAUGAUGGGGAGUACAGUGAAAAGGAGAGUAAUUGUGAGAAGAAAGAAACCGGGGCCACCACCACCACCACCACAGGAGCUACACUGGGGCGUCUGCUGAGCUACACGAAAAAAGAUGGUGGGCUGUUAACUGUCGCCGUCCUAUUCCUUGUCAUCUCUGCUGUGUGUGAAGCCUUCAUACCUUACUACUAUGGGAAGGCCAUAGAUAACAUUGUGGUUCACCAGAGUAUGGAAUACUUUGCUAAACCUGCCAUCACACUGACAGUCCUGGCCUUCACCAGUUCAAUUGCAGUUGGUGUGCGGGGAGGAGUAUUCACGCUAACAUUUGCACGAUUGAAUCUUCGGUUCAGGAACCACCUCUUCAGAACUCUGAUGAGGCAGGAUAUUAGCUUUUUUGAUGAAAACCAUACUGGUGAUAUUACUUCUCGUCUGUCAGCUGACACCACCCAAGUGAGUGACCUCGUCUCCCAGAACAUUAACGUGCUCUUGAGGAGCACCAUCAAGGCUGUCGGCUUUCUUAUUUUUAUGUUUGGAAUGUCCUGGAAGCUAACAUUAGUAAACAUGAUGGGACUUCCUUUUAUUGCCCUUAUAUCUGAGUAUUAUGGCAAUUACUACAAGAAACUAACUAAAGAGGUGCAAACAACUCUUGCAAGGGCUAACAAAGUUGCAGAAGAAACAAUCUCAUCCAUGAAGACAGUGAGAAGUUUUGCUAACGAGGAUCGAGAGGCUGACUCGUACUAUGACAAGCUCAUUGUCAUGUACCAUCUCAACAAGAAACAAGCUCUGGCAUAUGCUUGCUAUAUGUGGUCUAGUUGUAUCUCAGAGCUUGCUCUAGAAGUCACCAUCCUCACCUACGGUGGCCACCUUGUAGUCACUGGUCAGAUGGAAAGCAGCCAGUUGUUAUCAUUUUUCAUAUACAUGCUUGAAAUGGGCGAAUGUUUAGCGAACAUUGCAUCAGUUUACUCAGGCCUCAUGCAGGGUGUAGGGGCUGCUGAAAAGGUUUUUGAGUACUUGGACAGAAAACCCGAACACCCAGUAGAUGGUACAGAGACUCUGGAGACAUUCACUGGUCUGGUGGAGUUUCAAGAUAUCACAUUUGCCUACCCUACUCGACCAGAGAUUGAAAUCCUUAAGGGAGUGUCAUUCACACUUAAACCUGGUGAGGUGACUGCUCUGGUGGGACCUUCCGGGAGUGGAAAGAGCUCCUGUGUCAACCUAUUGGAAAAUUUCUAUGUUCCCCAGCAGGGUCAUGUCCUGCUGGAUGGACAGCCGGUUAACAUCUUCAAGCACGAAGACCUCCAUUCUCAGGUGGCGCUUGUGGGCCAAGAACCAGUGCUUUUUGCUCGAACGAUUGAGGAGAACAUCACUUACGGUCUUACUGAUGUCUCCAUGGAUGCCGUCGUCCAGGCAGCAACAAAAGCGAAUGCUCAUGAUUUCAUCACCGCUCUGCCCCAAGGCUAUCAGACAAGUGUUGGAGAGAAAGGAGCACAGUUGUCAGGUGGACAAAAACAAAGAGUGGCCAUUGCAAGAGCCCUUGUCCGACACCCUCGCGUUCUUAUACUGGAUGAGGCGACCAGUGCUUUAGAUGCAGAGAGUGAACACAUUGUUCAGCAAGCUCUAAACAACAUAAUGAAGGAGCACACGGUGUUGGUGGUUGCACAUCGUCUCAGUACAGUGGAGAGGGCAAAUAGCAUCAUAGUGAUUGAUAAGGGCCGUGUGGCUGAACAGGGAUCUCACGGUCAGCUGAUGGCCAGUGGGGGGCUCUAUUACAAACUGGUCCAGCGACAGGUUCUGGGCAUAGAGACUGGGGAUGAUUUACUAAAUUUUCCAGAGGAUUCCUCCUGGAAGCCUGAUGUAGGACACCAACAUAGCAGACAAAGCAGUAGUGCUAGUGAGGAAGAAUAUAAUCCUCGCUAUUGA